AUGGCGCCAGCAUCACCACAAGCCCCCAAUGCCAUCGAGCUCCGAGAGCUUCCGCAGACCACUGAUGGCCCCGCUCAAGAAGAGAACACCGAGGACGACGACUACCCGUCCAAGUGGAAGCUAGUUACCAUCACGAUAGGUCUCUGUCUCAGCAUCUUUCUCGCGGCGCUCGACUCUACUAUCAUCGCUCAAGCCAUACCUGCUCUGACAGAUCAAUUUGGCAGCAUCUCCAACAUAGCCUGGUACGGCACUGCGUACAAUAUCACAAACACCGCUUUCCAGUCUGCUUGGGGCAAGGCUUAUAAGUACUGGAAGUUGAAGCCCGUCUACCUCAGUGCAAUCGUUGUGUUCGAGGUAGGAAACAUCAUCUGUGCCGCUGCACAGAGUAGCAAUGUUGUGGUAUUUGGUCGAGUGGUGGCGGGAAUUGGAGGUGGAGGCAUAAUGACAGGAAGUUUUAUCAUCAUUGCCUUCACAGCGAAGCCUCAAUACCGCGCUGCCUACAUGGGCGUCCUAGGCGUUACCUUCGGCUGUGCCAGCGUCGUCGGUCCACUGCUGGGCGGCGCUCUCGUAGAUUACCUCAACUGGAGAUGGGUCUUCUUGGUUUUCCUGCCGAUCGGUGCCGUCGCCGCGGGUAUCAUGGGCUUCUUCUUCUCACAGCCUCGGGCCGUCGUACCACAAGAAGCGAAGCUGCCUGAGAAGCUCCUCAACAUGGACCUCAACGGCGGUGUGCUUGUGGCUGGAUCUAUUUCCUGCUUCAUCCUCGCGAUGCAUUACUCUAAGCCUCACGUUUGGGGUAGUGCCCAGGUUGUUGGGAGCCUUGUUGGGUUUGCUGGACUUGCAAUCUUGUUUGUGGUGAAUGAGAAGUUUAUGGGCUCGAAGGCCAUGAUUCAGGCACAUCUACUGAAGAAGUUCAGCAUCGUCACGAACUCCCUCUUCCUGACGUUUGUGGCUGGGCUAUACUUCCCGCUCCUAUUCAUAUUGCCCAUCGAGUUCCAAUCUGUCCACAACAACAGUGCUUCUGAAAGUGGAGUGCGUCUGAUCCCUUUGGUUCUGGGCAUCAGCAUCUUUACAAUGGUUUCCAACGGAGCCCUGACCUGGUGGAGGCACUACUCGCCUUUGCUCGUCGUAGGGGCAGUAGCUGGCACCGCCGGCGUAUCUCUGAUCUAUAGCCUCGACGCUACCGCAUCCAGCGGCACAUGGACGGGAUUGCUCAUCGUCACUGCGAUUGGUAUCGGCUUGUCGCUGCAGAUACCAAUGAUUGCCAACCAAGCAGCGGUGGGGGCGGCAGACAUACCGGCAGCAACCAGCCUUACACUUUUCAUGGAGAACAUCGGGACCUCUCUAUUCGUGGCUGCAGGCGAGGCUGCCUUCACCAACGGUCUGAUCUCUGGCGUGCAAAGUCGACUGCCGAGCGUCGAUCCAUCAACCAUCGUUAACGCUGGAGUCACGCAACUGCGAACUCGCUUCUCCGCGACCGAACUGCCUGCUAUCCUAGCGGCCUACCUCGAAGGCUGUCAGAUCAGCCACGUUGUAUCCGUUGCGUGUGGAAGCGCGGCAACGCUUAUGGCUCUGACAAGUGCGGCCCCUGGAACGAAACAGGGGCUUCAGAACUGGUGGAAGAAGAGCCACUCACGCUGA